AUGGGAAAGCGCAGGCGACGUAUAUUCCCAAAGAAAAAGCGAUCAGUCUUCAGUCGACCACAUCCAAUCAAGCGAAAAAUGAAGCUCAGGCACCGUCAAAUGAAAGCGUUUUUCAUUAAGCAUAAUCCAAGGAGUUACAUCCAGAGAUCUGUAAGGAGAGUGGUGGGAGGGAUAUACAAUGUCUCAGAUAAAGUGAGGGAUAAAAUAGCCGAAAGUACAUUAGCCCUGGAUAACCCGUUCAGCGCCCAGUUUUACGAAGACAGAUGUAUCAUUCAGUAG